CGCGCAUGUCAACGAGGCUGAGCCGCAACACCACCCAGGCACCGACAAACAUUACUCCGCAGACCAGUAUACAUUACCCAGAGCCCGGACGGUUGACCGCAACCCACACCAUCCGCAACCGCCGGUCCUGAACCCCGCGAUACACCCCGCGACCCAAUAUGAAUAUUAUCAAGAUCCAGAGGAAAUACCCUCAGUUCCAGCAAUCCGAGAUCUUCGGGCUGCAAGAUGCCUUCCGCAGGCUGGACAUCGACGACAAGGGCUACUUGGACGAGGCGACGGUCAUCAAGGCGACACAGUCGUCUGAACACCAGCCGUACGACGUCGUGCGCCAGGCACUGAAAGAGGUGGAGCUGGACAGCUCGCGGAGAGUCGAGCUGGAGGACUAUGUCGAUCUCAUCUCAAAAGUGCGAGGUUCCUCUCCAGCGCAGCAGCGCAUGUCCACUGGACCGCAAAGAGCACGAGGCCUCAGCAGCGCAACCACCACCUCUCCUCAACAAUCCGGACACGCUUCAAAGGGCAGCCAUGGUGGCGGACGGAUACAAGUCCAGGGCUCAUCGGCGAACGUCACGCACACAAUCAACGAAGACGAGCGUACCGAAUUCACACGCCAUAUCAAUGCGGUGCUCGCGGGCGACCCGGACAUUGGCGACCGCCUGCCCUUCCCGACCGACACAUUUGAGAUGUUCGACGAGUGCAAGGAUGGGCUUGUGCUGGCAAAGCUCAUCAACGACAGCGUGCCGGAUACCAUUGACGAGCGCGUGUUGAACAGGCCUGGCCGCAAGAUCAAGACGCUGAAUGCGUUCCACAUGACCGAGAAUAACAACAUUGUUAUCGAGUCUUGCAAAGGUAUCGGCUGCUCCGUUGUCAAUAUCGGUAGCGGAGAUAUCAUUGAGGUCCGCGAGCAUCUGAUUCUGGGAAUGAUCUGGCAGAUUAUUCGCCGAGGUCUGUUAGGCAAGAUUGAUAUAAAACUACAUCCUGAGCUUUACAGGCUUCUAGAGGACGGCGAGACCCUAGAACAGUUUCUCCGCCUACCACCAGAACAGAUCUUGCUGAGGUGGUUCAACUACCAUCUGAAGAAUGCCAAAUGGGGCCGCACCGUCAAAAACUUCUCCUCCGAUGUCAAGGACGGUGAGAACUACACCGUGCUCCUCAACCAACUAAAGCCAGACAUCUGCUCCCGCGCACCUCUCCAAACCCACGACCUCCACCAGCGCGCCGAGCAAGUCCUCGACAAUGCAGACCGCCUCGACUGCCGCAAAUUCCUAACCCCUAGCUCUCUCGUUGCCGGCAACCCGAAGCUGAACCUUGCCUUUGUCGCCAACCUCUUCAACAACCACCCGGGCCUCGAGCCGAUCACCGAAGAAGAGAAAGCCGACAUCGACGACUUCGAUGCCGAGGGCGAGCGCGAAGCGCGCGUCUUCACCCUAUGGCUGAACUCCCUCGACGUCUCACCGGUCGUGCAAUCCUUCUUCGAGGACCUGAAGAGCGGCAUCGUCCUGCUGCAAGCGUACGACAAAGUCAUCCCUGGCUCCGUAAACUGGCGCCACGUGAACAAGCCGCCAGCCAACGGCGGCGAAAUUAUGCGCUUCAAAGCGCUCGAGAACACCAACUACGCCGUCGAGCUGGGCAAGGCCAACUCCUUCUCGCUGCCCGGCAUGCAAGGCGCCGACAUCACCGACGGCCAGCGCACCCUCACGCUGGGGCUGGUGUGGCAGCUCAUGCGCCGCGACAUUGUGUCGACGCUCUCGUCACUGGCGCAGCGCAUGGGCAAGCGCGACAUCUCGGACAGCGACAUGAUCCGCUGGGCGAACGACAUGGUCAAGAAGGGCGGCCGCACGAGCUCGAUCCGGUCGUUCAAGGAUAGCAGCCUCAGCACGGCCGUCUUCUUGCUCGACGUGCUGAACGGCAUGAAGAGCUCGUACGUCGACUACGACCUUGUGUUGGCAGGGAAGACGGAGGAGGAGGCGUACCAGAACGCGAAGCUGGCGAUUAGCAUUGCGCGCAAGAUGGGCGCGACGAUUUGGCUGGUGCCGGAGGAUAUUGUGGCGGUGCAGAGCAGGCUGAUUACGACGUUUAUUGGGAGUUUGAUGGCGACGGCGGAGAAGAAGUAGGGUAGGAGGGUGG